AUGGAGUCGCGCUUCCACUCUCUGCUCCUCCUACUAUCAUUGCUCAAUUCUCCCAUCCUCAAUCGGGCCGACGAUUAUGGCGGCGUCGGAGUGAUCAAAGUCAAUUACAAAUUCUCCGGGUCGGACCCCACUCUCAGCGCCCUAAGGGCUCACGACGACGUCCGCCACCUUGCAAUUUUCACCGGAGUCGACCUUCCCCUUGGAGGCACUGGCCGCCCUGAAGCCGUCGGGCUGUACUAUGCUAAAAUAGCUAUUGGAACGCCUUCAAAGGAUUACUAUGUACAAGUUGAUACUGGAAGUGAUAUAACAUGGGUUAACUGCAUCCAGUGCAGCCAAUGCCCCAAAAGAGGUUACCGAGGAAUAGAACUUACGCUUUACAAUCCCAGAGAAUCUCUUACUGGGAAACUAGUCUCAUGUGAUCAACAGUUCUGUAAAGAGAUUGGUGGAGGCUUGACCGGUUGCCGUGCAAAUACAUCAUGUUUGUACACCGAGGUCUAUGGAGAUGGGAGUUAUACCAUGGGCUACUUUGUUGAGGAUAUUGUCCAGUAUGAUCGAGUGUCUGGUGAUCUGCAAACUACAUCUGCAAAUGGAAGUGUUAUAUUUGGAUGUGGUGCGAGACAGUCUGGGGAUUUAGGAUCUUCAGAUGAUGCACUUGAUGGGAUAUUGGGUUUUGGAAAAUCAAAUUCAUCAAUACUCUCACAGCUUGCCUCAUCUGGAAGAGUGAAAAAGAUGUUUGCCCAUUGCUUGGAUGGUGUGAAUGGUGGAGGUAUCUUUGCUAUUGGGCAUGUUGUUCAACCACAAGUAAACAUGACACCUCUGGUGCAGGACCAGCUCCAUUACAGUGUGAAUAUGACUGCAAUUCAAGUUGGUCAUGUUUUUCUCAAUCUGACAACAGAUAUAUAUAAUAUUGUAAACAAGAAAGGGGUAAUAAUUGAUAGUGGCACCACACUGGCGUAUCUGCCUGAGGCAAUUUAUAACCCACUUGUGAAACAGAUACUCAGUGGGCAGAGGAACAUGAAAUUGAGAAUUCUUGAAGAUAAAUACACUUGCUUUGAUUAUUCCAGAAGUGUUGACGAUGUAUUUCCAUCAGUAAUCCUUCAUUUUGGAAAUUCACUUUCAUUGGAAGUUCAUCCACAUGACUAUCUAUUCCUUUUUGAAGACAAGAUGUGCAUCGGUUGGCAAAACAGUGGCAUGGAGCCCCAAGAAAAAAUGAAUAUGACAGUUUUAGGAGAUCUGGUCCUAUCAAACAAACUGGUCUUGUAUGAUCUUGAAAAGCAAGCGAUUGGAUGGACUGAAUAUAACUGCUCGUCAAGUAUCAAAUUGAAGGAUGAGAUUACUGGGUCCGUACAUCUCGUUGGAGCACACUCUCUGUCCGACGGUGGCAGAUUUAUUAUUGUCCAACCUAUUUUCCUACUACUCAUUGCUCUACUGCACGGUUUGGUGAUGCCACCGAUACUCUAA